AUGGCCUAUCAUAAUCGAUUUAACUUUGAUGACCCCCAAGACAGCUACUGGAAUGAAAAUGGAUCCGCGGCUUCAUCGAUUUUUGAUGAUAUUCGUUCAAAGCAGGAAUCUGCGCGCGUGGCCCUCGACGAUCUCUUUGCAGAAACACCAAGACCAGCCCAAGUGAACACACCAAAGCCUACGACAAGUACCGCUCGACCUCAACAACCACCCGAUCCGAAUAGAUACCAGCAUGGUUCCGGCUAUCAAGGUCGAGGGGAACGGCCCACUCCAAAAUUUAUGCUCAACGAGCCUGAGCUUCGAAAAGACGUUUCCAAUGUGUCGAUAGCGCCCUCUGAAUGCAGCUUUUCAUCCCUUCCUUCCGAAUCCCAACAACUCGAUCUCGACUUUUCGAGGCUACGCGCUGAACACCGGAAAUUACAGCGACAUUGUGAGGCCCUACGCGCUGACCGUUUUCGGCCGCCCGAUAUUAGCGAGACGAUUGGGCGUUUAUUCAAAAACGAGCCUGUAUCGCUGGAUCUUUAUAAAUCGAAGAAGGACAAGCUCGCCCUACUCGACGCGGCAAUCAGUUUUGUCGAUGGCAACGUAAUAUUGGCGGUCGUGAUCUACAUCCAGCGAACGGUCUCUGAAGCCAUAUUUCGAGAAGUCCUAUUGGAACGACCAGAAGCGGCGGAAGAAUAUGUGCAGUAUUUGAAAGAUUGGGGAACAACGGAGGAACUGACUAAUGUUUUCAAUGUAAUGGGCCGUACUACCGACGCAGCAAUGUACGACUUCAAAUUGGCAAUGGGGGCUAAGACGGUACAUCAAAGGAUGGCCCAGCUGAAGAAGGCGUUGGUUGCCUCGUUUCUCGAUCCAAGGCUGAGCGCAGAACAGACGCAGAUUCACCGAUACAUCAAUAUUGUCGAUCGGCAACAGCAGAUUGAGGUGGCCGACUCGACAGAUCGUUCCAAGAAAUUCACGGAUUUCCCGAGGCAUGCUCCUCUGCUCGGUCAGCCAGCCAUUCAUACGCUCUACUACGCAUGCUUGUAUCACUAUGAUUCGCCGCCGACAUCCCCUGAUUCCCCUCAACAAAUCCAAGAUCUAUGUGGUCUCAACGAGAAGCAAUUAGUCUGGGUAUCCGUUGGCGCGUUGGUAAAGCAGAACAGAUGGCCUGACGUUGAACGAUCGCUGAGCCCCCGGGGUUUGAUUGGCGCCAUCACGCGCUCAACAGGGGCGAAUCUCAAGUCGAAUUACAUCCCGAUGGAUCAGCUGAUGCGACUAAUUCACGCCGAGAGCGGUCAGCCGCCAAAAGAUUUGAUCUGUCGUCUCCUCCGCUCGUUGCCCACCCCCGAAGAGCGUCUAAUGUUAGCCGAAAAAUAUAUGGCCACCGAGGUGGUAAUCGAGUGUACGCAACAAAUGAAGGAACGUCAACGUUUGGAGGUCUAUACGAAUAAGCUUCCCCCGCAUUCUUCUGACCACUACAAAGCUCUCGCCGCACUUAACAAUUCGGGAGCUAAAUGGAAA